GCGCCAUCUGUUGGGCGCAGUCUCGCAGUCGCGUUGAUAGAUGUCGCCACAGGUGGUUAAACAUACACAUUGUACUUGCGGGUUGCAGACGAAGUGAAGUUAGUUGAGCUUAGCUCGCAUAGCUGACGCAGUUUCCCAGUGUUUGCAUAGUUUGCAAUUUGCACACAACUUCGCGUUUAUUACUUCGCACAUAUUCCCCAGUCCUGCCCAGCGUUUUGUGUUGAGCACACGCGUUUUAAUCUGUUAUGGAGCAAUUUAUAGGAACUGUUAAACAAUAUCCCAUACUAUGGAACACUGAGUCGAAGGACUAUCACAACUUGAAUAAAAAGGAGGUUGCUUGGAAGAGGGUAGUGAAGGAAAUCAAUAAUCCAGACAUACCAGAUGUGAAAACUGCGAAGAAUGAGUGGAAGAAACUACGUGAUAGUCACCGAGAAUCCCUCAAAAGGAUAAAAACGGAUACAAGUGGCCAGUCUGCCAUUCCGCCAAAAAAUCACUGGAAAUAUGCUGACAACCUUGAAUUUCUUUUGCCCCACAUGAGGAACCGCAAAAGAACUUUGAAUUUAUCAGUCAGUUAUCAAAAAACUUUGGCAAGUACUUCAACCGAACUUACAAGUCAUUUGCCAGUUACAUCAACUCAAAAUACUUUGCUCGGUACCUCAACCGAGAGAGAAAGUAUGCCAGGUACUUCAACUCAAGAUACCGAGGUUUUGGAAGAAUUUGAACAACAUGAAAGCGAAAAUGAUGCAGUUUUUGUGCAACAGUGUGGCAAACGGAAGGCUAACGAUGCAGUAGAGAUUAAGAAAAACAAAGACGCUUUGAAUUUGUUUUUCGACAGUAUGUGCGAGUCAACUAAAAAGCUUCCCGAUUGGAUACAAAGGGAUGUAAAGAAGAGGCUUCUACAAAUUGUAUGUGAAGCAGAGGAAACUAAUGAAACUUAUAUGACCACAGAGUACCGUGAAUGCAACUCGUCAUCCGCCUCGACACCAGUGCCUCAAAACGAAGAUAGUAUAGAUAAUAUGUAAUUUAAGUGACUUUCAGGUAUCUUUUUAAUGAAAUACACAAUAAACAUCGAU